UGAUCGCGGCCCCCGCUCGCCCUCGGCUCCUGCCCCUCGCCGUGGAGAACCCGCCGGCGCGCAGGGCCCAUGAGUGCCCGUCCCUAGCGCGCCAGCCAGCCGUGCCCGGAGCCCGAGCGCAGCCUCGAGGUCCCACCUGAGGUGCCCCUGACCGUCCCUGUCCCCCACCCCACCCCGGAUCCCGGCAAUGCUAACCGCUGUCUGCGGCUCUCUGGGCAGCCAGCACACGGACGCGCCUCACGCCUCGCCGCCGCGCCUCGACCUGCAGCCUCUCCAGACGUACCAGGGCCACACGAGCCCGGAGGCCGGGGACUACCCCUCCCCGCUGCAGCCUGGAGAGCUGCAGAGCCUCCCGCUGGGCCCGGAGGUGGACUUCUCACAGGGCUAUGAGCUGCCGGGGGCCUCCUCUCGGGUAACCUGCGAGGACCUGGAAAGCGACAGUCCCCUAGCCCCGGGACCCUUUUCCAAGCUCCUGCAGCCGGACAUGUCACACCAUUACGAAUCAUGGUUCCGGCCGACUCACCCAGGCACCGAGGAUGGCUCGUGGUGGGACCUUCAUCCGGGCACCAGCUGGAUGGACCUCCCCCACACUCAGGGCGCGCUGACCUCACCUGGCCACCCCGGGGCGCUUCAGGCUGGCUUGGGGGGCUACGUCGGAGAUCACCAGCUUUGUGCCCCGCCGCCCCACCCGCAUCCGCACCACCUCCUCCCAGCCGCCGGAGGGCAGCACCUCCUGGGGCCUCCCGACGGGGCUAAGGCCUUGGAAGCGGCCGCCCCGGAGUCCCAGGGGCUGGAUUCCAGUCUGGACGGGGCGGCCCGCCCCAAAGGCUCCCGGCGGUCAGUGCCCCGCAGCUCAGGCCAGACCGUGUGCCGCUGCCCCAACUGCCUGGAGGCGGAGCGACUGGGGGCUCCGUGCGGGCCCGACGGGGGCAAGAAGAAGCAUUUGCACAACUGCCACAUCCCGGGCUGCGGGAAAGCCUACGCCAAGACGUCGCACCUGAAGGCGCACCUGCGCUGGCACAGCGGCGACCGUCCCUUCGUGUGCAACUGGCUCUUCUGCGGCAAGCGCUUCACGCGCUCCGACGAGCUGCAGCGCCACCUCCAGACCCACACGGGCACCAAGAAGUUCCCCUGUGCGGUCUGCAGCCGUGUCUUCAUGCGCAGCGACCACCUGGCCAAACACAUGAAAACCCACGAAGGCGCCAAAGAAGAGGCUGCUGGGGCGGCCGCGGGCGAGGGCAAGGCAGGCGGAGCGGUGGAGCCCCCCGGGGGCAAAGGCAAGCGGGAGGCCGAGGGCGGCGCGGCUCCCUCCAACUGAGCGCCUCGGGUACCGCCUCCCCGCUGGUCUCUCCUUGGGGCAUCAGAAGAGAGUCCUCUGGCCUGAUGCCCUUGGGGGCGGCUUGAGUUCGAGGAGAAGGUGGUUAUUUAUUGAGGGGGAGGAAAAGUGGUGCAGGGUCAGGGAGAGGGGGCACUAGGGGUUUUUUAGUCUCUGGGGCUGGACCGGACGCGUUUGACUGGCUGGGCGGGGAGGAGCUGCGCAUGCCCCUCUGUUCUCCCCUUCCUCACUGUUUCACUCACCCCUCGGGCUAGGAGGUUGGGGUAGGGGACCCCUACGGCGGCUGGAGGGCUGAGGGGACCGGCUGGAGGAGACAGCGCGUUCCCGGAGCAGAGAGGAGUGGGGCCGCCCCGGGCGCUGGGGGUAGCUGUCUGGACACGUCCUUAGCGCCUGGGAACCGGGACAUAAAAGCGCCUCCGGAACCGCCCUGCGGCCCGGGUCCCUUUCAUCCCCCUUGUAGCGCUUCUACCCCUAGGGUUUCCGGAGGGAGAGCUGAGAUGGGGUAGAGGAGGCUGGGGGUACCCCUUAGGGAGGGGUCUCUAUCUGGCUGGGAGGGUUGUUGCUGUAGAAAUAACUCCUUUGAUGCGUCUCCUUAUUAACCCUUCCAGACCCGGACUGAUGGAGCCAUGAAGGAAGAGGGAAAGAGGGCCAGAAUCCCACAGCCUCCCAGCCAGAACUGCUGGGUGGAGGAGAGAGCUAGAUGGGGGUGGGGGGGAGGUUGAGCAAGGAAGCCUCCUAAAAUGAGAGAAAGAGAUUUGUUGGGGAAUGGAAGGAACUAACCCCUUUCCUCUGUAACCUGGAUUCAGUCCUUAACUUUUGGUCUUUAUAAAAAAUAAAGUUCAGUCGUUCUCAUUCCCCAUCUGCUACCCGACAUGGGCUUUCCAGGCAGCCAGAAGCCCCUGCUCCAGAACUGAUGUAUGCCUCAUCCUAGGUCCCCCAGCAUUCCCUUCCCCUUAGGGGCGGAAGGAGGUGGGUUACCUAGGUAGGUUGGGAGUAGGGGUGCGGGGGGGGGGGGUCCCAGCAGGGGGAUCUCCAGCAGUUCUGCUCAGAGUGGAGGACUCUGCCCCUGCCCAGCAUCUCCUCCUCAUGGAGAAGCUAAGCCCCACUCUCUCUAGCUCAACGCUCCCCUUUCCGCGCUGCCUGCAAGCCUUGCCCCUCCUGUAGAGUGUGGUCAGGAGGCUCCUUCCUCCCCACCUCAUCUCACAGGGGGACUCCUCUUCCCUAUGAAGGAGUUGUCCUCCCACUGGAAGGGGUCUGCCUUCUGAGGUGAUGUCCAGGAAGCUGUCCCUGUUCCCUUCUUUAGAUGCUAGAAAUAUACCCUGAUCGCCCGUCGAAUGGGGAAGAGGGGAGGGGAGAAGCCCAGCAGGGGCUGAGCCAGGCAAAGGGCAAGAAGCAGAUAGGGGAGAGGUCUGGAGCUAGUGGGCUUUCCCAGGCUCGAGGUCUUAAGAUUCCCCCUACCCUUCCCCCUGCCCCUCUUUCUCCACCCAGAGCCCUAUGCCAGGAUUAGUUGUGUAUUGAUUUUUAAGUUAUAAGCAAAGGGUAUUUUAUUUAAUAUUAGGGCAUGUGUGUGUGCAUGUUGUGUGUACCUGUGUGUGUGUUUCUCUACUGAGCCUGAGGUCUCCAGCCAGGGAGACCCCAUCCUGUUCACCCCUUCCAAGUUCCUGGGGCCCAGGCCCACAGCAUCUCUUCCUCCCUUGGGGAUGCUGGAGCCUCAUCCAAGGAUAGGAGCUCUAUGGGAAGUGGGGCUGGGAUCUGAGUGGGUGUUUGUGUAGGAGGGAGCCCUUCCUAAAAUGGACAGGGUGACUCUCCCUGAGUGGCUCCUGGGCCUGGGGUAGUUUAAGAAGUGAUGUUUUUUCUUUAUGCUCCCUCUUUUUCCUACCUUCUGCUAACCCAACUCGAGAUCCCUUUCCUUGCUGAGAGGGUUGGGGGCAGGAGAGAGUUGGCAGGGCCUGAGGGUUGCCUGGCCAGGUGGAGAGGGGGAGAGAGGGAGGGCACCGUGGGUGUGGGAUGUCUUCUCCUCCACCCAUCGAAACCAGUCACCCCCUCCCUGUGCCACCAGGACAGCCUUUCCCAGUGACCAUUCUAAGGGGAACUCCCGAAUGGAUGUCAGGGGCUGGGGGACACAUGUCCCCCCAGUGGAGGCCCCGAGCUCUAAGGUGUGAGGGUGAGGGCUUUGGAUAGGUUUUCUUCUGCUCCCCUGUUGUAUAGAUCUAGGUUGCUUGGCUGUCUGCCCCCUUCUAGGCAGCCCCCUAGAGGAGAAAUGUAGGAAUUUUUUUUUUUCUUUAACUGCUGUGAACCCACUGUGGAGGGGAGGAGGAGGAGGAAGAAACAGCCUGUGUUUUUUAUGCCAUAAUAAAGUCAUCAACCACA